AUGCCCACGGCCGCCCUGCCGCCGGCCACGCUGCUCUUCCCCUGGGAGCGCGUCCUGGUGCUGCUGUCGUGCGCCCUCUCGGCGCUGGGCGCAGCUCUCCUGGUGGCCACCCACGCCCUGUGGCCCGAGCUGCGCACCCGGCCCCGCCGCCUGCUCCUCUACCUCUCGCUGGCCGACCUCCUCUCGGCCGCCGCCUACUUCUACGGGGUGCUGCAGGACUUCGGCGGGCCCUCGUGGGACUGCGUGGCGCAGGGCGCCCUCUCCACCUUCGCCAACACCAGCUCCUUCUUCUGGACCGUCGCCAUCGCCCUUUACCUCUACUUCGUCAUCGUCCGCGGCGGCGGCCCCGCCGGGCCCGGCCUCCUCUGGCUCUUCCACGCGGUGAGCUGGGGAGUUCCUCUGAGCAUCACGGCGGCGGCUGUUGCCCUGAAGAAGAUUGGAUACGACGCCUCCGACGUCUCCGUUGGCUGGUGCUGGAUUGACAUCCAAGCGGACGAUCGGGUCCUUUGGAUGCUACUGGCAGGGAAACUAUGGGAAUUCCUGGCAUACUUGAUUUUGCCCAUCUUCUACAUCCUUAUAAGGAAACACAUCCAUCGAGCGCAUGCAGCACUCUCUGAAUACCGCCCCAUCUUGUCGAGUACUCCAGCUUUCCAUCCAAGAACCUCGAUAGCAGACAAGAAACUAAUCCUGAUUCCAGUGAUCUUCAUCUUCCUCCGCAUCUGGAGCACCAUCCGAUUUGUGCUGACUCUCUCUGGUUCCCCUCUGGUUCAAAACCCACUGCUGGUGGUCCUUCAUGGCAUCGGGAACACCUUCCAAGGAGGUGCCAACUGCAUUAUGUUUGUGUUUUGCACACGAGUCGUCCGGAACAAGCUCUUUUCCUGCCUGUGCUGCUGGCGAUAUGACAGCCUGGACCCUUCUCUUCCGAGGCCACAGAGCUGGCGCCAGAAUCACGUGGCCUUCCCCAAAGACUGGGAAUCGGAAGACAGCGAGUGGGACAGAGCGGAACUCUCCAGCACCUGAGGUCCAGAGCAUCCUCAUCUUAAAGAAGGA